GCUCGCGCUGCGUGCGGAUCUCAAGCACUAAACAAGACGGAAUAUUUCUGCAAAUGUCAAUGAACUCCCUUCUCUACAGCAAACCCGCGAAGGCGAAUGUAGAGAAGAGCAGAGGAGAUCUCAGAAGAAAGAGAGGAGAAAUGCUUGCAAGCUGUCGGGCAUUUUGAUGUUGGGUACAGCAUCCUGGAUACUCUCAGCACAGGUUUUACUCUAAAGGGAUUAUGCCCACCAUCCAACAAUGCUGCUACCCUCAGGUUGGCUGCUUCGGCACUCUGUGGUUAUGUGGUUGCUGUUUCACAGCUUAGUACUGAUGACACUGUGUUUCCACCAUGCUGCAACUUCCUGCUCCAAACGCUGCUACUGUUCAGACAGCGAGGGCUCAUUUGGUGGUAAGACUAUGCGUUGCAGCAACCUGCUUCUUACUGAGAUCCCUCAGGACAUUCCCAAUGACACACAACGCCUCUACCUGGACUACAACCUCCUGACCAGCAUCCCUGCCAAUGCCUUUCAUGAUCUUCCACAGCUAGCUGAACUUGAUCUUUCCCAUAACGAACUAGCUUUGCUUGAACCUGGAGCCUUUAGAGGCUUGGCAGUCUCUCUACAAUUUCUGGAUCUCUCGUCCAACCAGCUCACGACACUGGACCCAGAUGCCUUUGAAGGUGUAAGAGCAAGAUCCAACCUUACUGGAAACCCCUGGCACUGUGACUGCAGGCUGCAAACAGCCCUUCCACGCCUAGACCUAGAGCCUGUGUCUUUGACUGGGAUUAUCUGUCAGACAUCUGAACCCUCAGACUCUGGAGCCCAAGGUGUGCCUUUCCUGCUGGCCAAAGACCUGGACCUGUGUGUGGUGCUCAAAAAGACCACGGACGUGGCCAUGUUGGUGACCAUGUUUGGGUGGUUCACCAUGGUCAUCUCCUACCUGGUCUACUAUGUGAGACACAAUCAGGAAGAUGCCAGGCGCCACCUGGAGUAUCUCAAGUCUCUGCCCAGCAGGCAGGGCAAGUCUGAGGAGUCUUCCACCAUCAGCACUGUGGUAUAGUACCAGGCCAAGUGCUCAUGACAUGUGGAGGAAGCUUCUCAGGCUGCCAAAAGCCAAUGGCACACUGGACAAUGGGCUACCUGUCUCUAAAGUAUAAAAUUGAUUAAACCUGUUGAAACCUUUUGAAAAACAAAGAAUAAUGGCUUUGUAUCCCUUGAAUAACAGACCACUCACUUCAAAGUACCACUCAGGACUGAUCAGUACCCUCCCAAAGAAUAAGGAAGAACUGACAUAGGAUACAUUGUGGUCAGUGGAUUGCAAUGUUCACAACAGGGAAAUGUGAAACAUAUCAUGCUAAAACCAUCCACAGACACACAUGGACAGAGAUGACCGGAGACAGAAGGAGGGAAAUCACAGGGGCCAUCUAAUCCAGUUCAGAUGAAUAAUUGAUUCAGAAAUGGCCGAGCUUGAGGCUCAUCUUGACUAAGAGGUUUGUCUGCUCUGCAUGCUUUUAAAGGAGGCGUUAUCUGUUUUUUUUUUGUUUUUGUUUUUGUUUUUUUACCCAGUGGUACUUUUACAGUCAGAUCCCCAUUUGGCAGGAAACACACGGAGCGUAAAGCACUCAUCCUACUGGGUAUUUACAAAAAGUACUGUUGUUGUCCUUGCAGGCAACAUCAAAAUUUUACAGAGCAACAUAUUCUUGCAUGCAUCAAUGAUUUUUCAGGUGUCUCAGUAAACAUGUACAAACUGUGCAAAAGUAAACAGCACUGUAGUUUGCUUUGAUACUUGGUCCGAUUUUUAGGAGAGAACAGAAAAUGGUUAAUUAUUUUCUGCAUGAAUCCUGCAGUGUUACUGAUGCUGUGACUUAAAAGAAAUAAACAGGUUAGCUUGU